UGCUCCAAUCUCUCCCGCUGCUCCCUGACUUCCUGCUCCGCUCUCUCUUCGAUUUCAUCGACCCCAAGGAAUAACUAAACACAUGCACUUCCCCCCUCUUCUCGACGGAUUCCCCCAAACUCUUUCAUUCUCUCUCUCUCUCUCUUAUAAGUUCUCUUUCUCGUUUCCUUUUCUUUUCCUUUCUCUCCUACGAAUACAGAGACAUUUCUUUUCCUCUCUGUCUGUCUCUUGAACAAAUAAAUGGCGUCUUCUCUCUCAACAACGGCCUCCGCUUCCUUCUCUUCCGUCGCUAAAACCGCCGCUACCUUGCCUCAUUCUACUAACCUUCCGCUCUCGAAGGUCUCCUUCCGCUUCUCUCCGAAGCCAAACUUCGGACUCUUCUCCAAGGGUUUGCAGCAUAGUCAGAACUGUUCCAUAGUGGUGAAAGCCCAAUUGAAUGAGGUUUCCGUAGAUGGAUCAUCAAAAGCUUCAGCUACAUCUCCAGACAAAUCAGGGCCUCCAACAGCGGAAGCUAAGGAUGCUAAGCCAUCAAGUGAUGCAUCUCCUCCAGCUUUGGCCACAGAAGAAUCAAUCUCUGAGUUCCUUAAUCAAGUUUCAAGUCUAGUCAAGCUAGUUGAUUCAAGAGAUAUUGUGGAGUUGCAACUGAAACAACUUGAUUGUGAACUGACAAUCCGGAAAAAGGAGGCCAUGUCCCAACCACCGUCUGCAGCUCCAGUUGUUAUGAUGCAGUCACCAUCUCUACCACCAGUAAUGCCUCCAAACCCAGCUGUCCCUGCCCCUGCACCUUCUGGUCCAGUAUCUCCUGCCCCAACUCCGGCUGCUCCUAAGUCAGCCAAAUCAUCGCUUCCACCUCUUAAAUGUCCAAUGGCAGGCACAUUCUACAGAAAUCCAGCUCCUGGUGAACCGCCAUUUGUAAAGGUUGGGGACAAAGUGCAGAAGGGUCAGGUCAUAUGCAUUAUUGAGGCAAUGAAGCUGAUGAAUGAAAUAGAAGCUGAUCAAUCUGGAACCAUCGUUGAGAUCCUUGUAGAAGAUGGCAAGUCAGUUAGCGUUGACAUGCCUCUGUUCGUGAUUGAACCCUGAAACUGAGACUCUUGAGUAGGCAAAGCCAAACGAUGGAGUAAAAAUUAGGGAGGGCAGGCUGAUUUUGUGUUUUCCUUGGUAAUGUUGAGUUGCGGCUUUGGUUGUGAUAGAAUGUUUUGCUUGAGUUGGUGGAGAUGCAAAUGACUUGUUACCAUUAUGAAAUGUCUACUUUUGAUUAUUACUUCAGUUGGAAGUAGUUUUUUUUUUUUUUUUUCUCUUUCUUUCUUUCUUUCUUUUUUUCGCUUUUCCAAAAUUUGGAUUUCAUUAAUUAGACUAAUAAAUGAAGGGCGAGCGUCUUCUGUAGUCUGGUCUUGCUUAUACAUUUCUAGUUU